CUACUACUACUCACACGACAUCAUCUGAGAGAUAACCUCACCGAGCUACCAUGGUCUCUGUGGGAAGCAACUCGAAGCAUGUCUGCGUGAUCGGUGCAGGUCCUUCAGGGCUAGUUGCAGCAAGGGAGCUUAGAAAAGAAGGGCACUCUGUAGUUGUCUUGGAACAAAACCAUGAUAUUGGAGGACAAUGGCUAUAUGAACCCAAAGUAGAAAAUCAGGACCCUUUGGGGAGAGGGUCUACCUUAGAAGUUCAUGGCAGUGUGUAUGCCUCCCUUAGGCUGGCUUCUCCUAGGGAGAUCAUGGGCUAUACUGAUUUCCCAUUUGUAGCUAAGAAGGGUAGUGAUAUGAGAAGAUUUCCUGGCCACAGAGAACUGUUCUUGUACCUGAAGGACUUCUGUGACUGGUUUGGAUUGAGGGAGAUGAUAAAGUUUAACACCAGGGUUGAGUAUGUGGGCAUGGUAGAUUCUUCCAUGUUUGGCAAAGACAUAAAAUGGUUUGUAAGAAGCAAAGACAAUAAGUCUGAGACGGUAAUGGAAGAAGAGUUUGAUGCAGUGGUUGUAGCUACAGGUCAUUAUUCUCAGCCUCGGUUGCCCACCAUUAAAGGAAUGGAUGCAUGGAAAAGGAAGCAAAUGCACAGCCACAUUUACAGGGUUCCAGAGCCAUUCCGUAAUGAGGUUGUGGUGGUGGUUGGAAAUUCAAUGAGUGGACAAGAUAUAUCAAUAGAACUUGUGGACAUAGCAACAGAAGUUCAUCUCAGUGCCAAGUCCCUAGAAAUUUCACAGGGCUUAGCCAAAGUCAUAUCCAAAUAUGACAACUUGCACCUGCAUCCACAGAUAGAAUCCCUUUGUGAGGACGGAAGAGUUCAAUUUGUUGAUGGCUCUUGGGUAAUUGCAGACUCCAUCAUUUACUGUACUGGGUACUCAUAUUCCUUCCCAUUUCUUGACACCAAAGGAAUCGUUGUAGUGGAUGAUGACAGAGUGGGACCAUUAUAUGAACAUACAUUCCCACCAUCACUUGCUCCCUCUCUCUCAUUUGUGGGCAUACCCAGAAAGAUCAUAGGCUUCCCUUUCUUUGAAUCACAAGCAAAAUGGGUAGCUCAACUCCUGUCAGGGAAACAAACACUGCCAUCUUGGGAUGAUAUGAUGCAGUCCAUUAAGGAAUUUUAUCACUCAAGGGAAGUUGCAGGCAUACCAAAGCGCAAUACACAUGAUAUUGCUGACUUUGAGUAUUGUGAUAAGUAUGGAGAACACUGUGGAUUCCCAAGUUUAGAAGCUUGGAGGAAAGAACUCUGUAUAUCGGCUAUAAGAAAUGCUGAUGCCAACUUGGAAACAUAUCGCGAUUCUUGGGAUGAUCAUGAACUCCUUGAAGUUGCUCAUCAGAGCAGUCAUUUCACCCAACUUGGCCCUGAUGCCUUUGGACAGUGAAGGUCAUUUUAUAAAUAAAUCAGUAUCAUUUUUCAUGACAAUCUAGCAUGCAGUCUGGAAUUCCGGGAAAAAAAUGAGAAAAGAUGAGCAUCAAACACUUUGCAAUCUUUUGGCCAAGUUCAGUUUUGUAAUUCAUUUGAUCAAUUUCACAUAGAUUUUGAAACAAAUACAUAUCAUCACUAUGACAUAUACUUGUUUGUCUAGGUAUUUGUUUUGUUAAUAAUUUAUGUAUUUGCUAUAAAUAGGACUACUUAAAUGU